AUGCUUCGUCGAGCAUGCCUUGCUGGUAGGGUGAGCGCCAUCGCUACCCCUGGGUUUGCUACUUGUAAAAUACUUUCAAGUGUUUCCUCCAGUGGGAACGACAAGAAAAACACUAAGGCUGGACUGCUGUCUGGAAGUGGAAGUGAAGGACAUCAUACUGGUCCUAUUCCUGGCGCCACUGGGAAGGAUAAUCGACAGGGGAUAUAUUCUACAAGGGGUUCACCUUCCUAUUUUGAGAAACGCUAUCCCCGAAAAGAAGGCGAGUUGGUGAGUAAGCAGGUUGUGGAUCCAAAUGAGCCAAGAGAUCGCUCUGAUAAUUUGAAGGCUCCUGAGUUUGAUACUUCGUUAGGCAAGUUUGAGCAAGCACCAUACUUUACUGGAGGACCUGGUGCCAUGAGGUACAAUAACUAUGUGCGGGAACCGGUGGAUAAAGAAGGUGUAGAUUAUCGUGAUGUUGUUCCACUUCCGCCAUUUGAGGACCAUCACCCAGAUUUCUCGUACGCAUCAGCGACAGGAAAGCGCGAGGGGGACAUUACCCUUUUAGCAAACACUGUCGUAAACUGGGAGAUAAAGGCCGCUAUGAUGUCUCUCUAUCGCUCUUGCCUUAAGGGGCUUCCAAUGGUUAAACACUACUACUGGUUGCUUACGCCACUGCCAGAGAUGAAAUCGAAGAUACGAGAGCGUUUCCUUCAAAAUCAGCACACGAAAGAUCCUGAUGCUAUUAGACAUUUGUUACAUAAUGGAUGGAUGGAAUACCAGGAGGUUAUUUUGUUUAGGCGAACACGGGCAUCGGUUGCCAAAUUUUUUGAAUGGGAAAGCCAAGACGAACUUGUGCGUGGCUACACACGGGAGGAGGGGAAGAUGCAAGAGGAACGCGCCUUCUGGAACGGAGAGGAACAACGAAGGGAGGGCCCAUAUGAUGGACAUUGGUCUUGGCUCGGAAAGGAGAGCGAAAAGGAGUUCGCUAAGAUUGCAGGUAGGAUUCCCAUUUCGUGGUCGACGUCGAAAGGCUACUUUGAAAAAGGACAAGCUGAUGGCACCAAUUAUUGGGAGAAAAACCUGGAUUACGAAGGUUGGUAUAUUAAAAAUGUGGACCCUGAUCGCCAGAACGCAAGGCGUGAAAUGCAGGGUUGGAUUGAAAGCGGGUAUAACCAACCGAAACAUUAUGCUAGCAAAAACAGACGUGGGUAUCGUAGACUUGUUAAGGACAUUGAAACUAUGAUGGAAACUUCGAUGGAGGAUUUAUAUACAAAGAACAGAGAACAGCUGUUCCAAUACCUUAUUAGGGAAACACAUCCGGAAUCAAAUCGUAUUAACGCGGAACGUGUUCUUGCGAGACAAGACGAUGACUUUUACUCUACGAGGUUUGAUGAGUACGAGAAAUACCUGAAGCAGGCAAUGCGUGAGAUGCCCAACCCGCGCUUAUGGAAGACUGAUGCUUUUUACUUUCGAUUACGGUACCUGCUUGCUCCCCUCGAAUACAACUGGGCAAAGGUUCCUAUUGGUAUAUCGCAGGAGAAGUUGUACAACGAAUGGAUUUCUGACAACGCCAACUACGCAAUUUUAAACAGUGCAACGUUUUCAAAUAUAAAGAACAAUAAACUAAAAAAUCCAAUGGCCAGAACCUGGGCCGAUUUUUACAACGACUACGAUCCAGAUGUCCCGGAGACGCGGAGACUUCCUUGGUAUCAUCCCGAUUUUGACUAUGAUCGCCGGCACAAAUGGGAUGAAAGGUGCAUGCGAAUGAAGCGGUGGGUUCAGGGGGGAACUAUUGACGGCAAGCUGCCAUACUUCGACAGUAUCAUAGCCGAGUGGGAACAAUAUGUCAAUCGUCCUGAGCGAUUUCGAGCCUCGGAUAGUGCUGAGCGUCGGUAUGCCGCCCCAAGAAUGGUUCAGCUCUAUCGGUCGUUGAACCGGUUAAUGGAUGUUGCCUUAGUAAAUCAAAUGAGGGCUGUUGUGGAGAGUAGUCUCUUAAAUACUCAAGUGGAGCUAUCACGUGCCUCUGUUACGGACAUCCAAAGGAUGUUAAUAUCCGUGGAUUUCACGGACUUUCGAUUCGUGGUUCCAACUAUCAUAUACCCAGAUGGGGUCCAGCAGCCGGUGGUAGGAUUAGACGGAAAUGUGGUUGUCUCGCAGAUUUAG